AGCAAACUUCAACAAGUAAAUAGUAAACAUAGCAACCAAAAUAAACAUUAUUGUCUUUCAAAGGACUUAACAGAGUCCUAAACAAAUCAGACAAAAGGACUAAACCAACCGCAGGCUCAGAAAACGAUCAACAUGAAUAUAACCUCAGCUGUUUGUUGGUGCAACAUCUGGGACAAGGACACCAUCAUGUGUGUGGGCCCCGAUGUCCUGUGUGUGAGAAACGGCAACACUGUUAAGUUCAUCAACAUGCAAACCAAGGCCGUGAAUUACUUCAAGGCGGAGACGGUCAGCACUGGCCUCAGUAUUGGUUCGUUUACGGGUCACAACCGCUUCCCGCUGUUCGCCUUCUCGGAAGUUACCUUGCGACCCAACAUCUACAUAUAUCGCUAUCCGGAUAUGACCAAGUUUGCCACUAUUCCCCCCAACAAACUCAGCUACUCCGACAUCCGGUUCACGGAGUUCGAUCUGUUAAUCUGCAUUGGCAGCUACCCGGAGUACCCCCUUUGUGUCUACAACUAUCGCACCAGCACUCUCAUCGUAGAACAGCAAACCAUGGUGCCCUCGUUGAACCGCAGCCUGGUGGUGAGCUUCAACAGUCUGCCGAGCAUGGUUAUGUUCCACAAGCGGGAGAUGACCAUCCUCUGCUACGAGAUCUGCACCAUCGAGAAGGAGUCCUUCCUGCACAAGGUCUCGGAGGUGGAGGUGAGCAAGGACUACCUCAAGUCAUGCGAUCAGUUCCUAUCCUUCGGCGAGGACAACAACCUGUAUGCGACCAACGACUUUGGCCACCUCGUCCUCGUGGACGUGGCCUGCUUCGCUCUCAAGCCCCAGUGGCAGCCCAUUGACAUGAGCGACCUUAGCCUCAUCACGAUACCACGAGCUCACUCCCUCACCUGCCACAAGGCCGGCUUCCUCAUAGCCAGCCACACCAAUGCCUUCUACAUUAAGAAAAAGUCGGGAGCAUUUCAGGUCGAAUGGAUGCUGGAGGGGAGCCUGCGGGACAUCAGUCGCUUUCUGAGCAACACCAACGGCGAGAUUUACGCCCAACAGGAUCCGGGCCACAUCGAACAGGUGGUGGUGGACAAGAACGGAGUCGCGGCGCUGGAGCGGGUGGUGCAUGCUGGCAGCCCUGUGAUCACCUUCCGGAUACUCCAGGGACUCAAGGACGAAUGCGUCCUGCUGCUCCACAGCGACAAGGUGGCCAUGAUGGACCUUUCCAAGGGCAACACGCUAAGCGAGGUGCCUGUGGCGGACGCGAGUGCCAUGUGCAACCACCGGAGUCUAGCCAUAGUGGCGGUGGGCACCUUGAACGGUCGCCUGGUGCUAAUCCAAUUCGAGCGGGCCACCGUCCCGCAUGUGUUGUGCGAGUUGAACUGCGACACUCCUCCCAUAGUCGCGCUGGAAUUCAAUGACACUUGGAUAGUGUUCCAGGAUCAGACCAAGAUGCUCCACACUGUGCAGGUGGACAACCGGCCGCACAAGCUGACCCACUACUUCGAGAUGAGUGGGCAGGAGAUAGCCAAUGUCUUCAUACACUCCUUCAUUCUGGCCGACGGACCUCGGCUGAUGGUCUACAUCAAUAGGAAUCGGCAAACGAAGCGCCCUGGCUUCGCCACGGAGCUCUGGCUCUACAGCUGGGGCAAAGACAGACGCCUGCACCGACGGGAGUUUGUUCUACCGAAGGAGUACAGCUUCUUCUGUGUCCAGCCACCGGUGGGUAGGUGGGCCCUCAUCGAGAUCGUGGCCAUUGAACACAACAGUUACAACUACGACCAAUUCGCGCUCAACGAGAAGGACGAACUGCAGUGGAUAGCCUCCUCCAAGUCAGCCCAUUACAGCUACAUCCUUGGCGCAGGGAUGACCAAGCACCUGGUUACCUGGAGCCUUGGCGGAGUCUUGGUUCACUUCAAGCAGCACAAGCGUGCCAAAAAGCCGUAUAUGAUCUGUCGUUUCCUUAACUUGGCCUUCGAAACGGAGUACCUACUGAGGGUCAGGGAGUGCUUCAACUCCAAGUAUCUAAUUAUCCUGUUGGCCAACCAGAGCCUGAGAGUGAUGAGGCUACCAUCACUGGCCGACUUCGUACGGGAGAAUUUGUUCAUAAAGCUGCCCGUGGAGGAGGGGGUGCCUCUGUUUAUAGAGCAGAAGACCCACAAGGUGGACAUGUUCGUUCCUAUCAGCAUGCGGCAGGAGGUGAAGGAGGAGUUCACCAGGGCUGACUUUCUGAAGCGCGACAAGGUCUUUGCGAUGAUCAAGGAUUUUUCCGCCAAGGUGACGGCUCUGAUCGACUACGACAUUUCCAAGACGGGCAAAACGAAGGGCAUCUUUAAGAAGUUCUGCUUCCACUACAAGUGGCUGGACGCCCUCACCGAGGAGGCGCGCAAGCUGUGCGCCUUGGAGCGCGCCUCCCUGGAGCGGGCCGCGGAGGACCAGGCCCGCAUCCGCGACUGGAUCAUCCGGCUGGUGACCCGCGAUGCCGUCAGCAUCAAUUACCGGGUGCGAUCGAUAUUUGCGGACGCAAACUUCGAGAGCUUCUCUACGCGACGCAAAGUGGAUAUGGUCGAGUUCGACAAGUACAGGUUCUAUGACAUCGAGGACCACCUGCGCCUCUCGCUGGGCUCCUUCGAGGAGGAGGAGGAACACCUUCCGGCACCAGGCGGACAUGGUGGGCCGCCACAUGGAGAUAUGGAGGACGGAGAACUUGGCCAGGAGGAGCAGGUGGUGGAAGGUCCGGAAGGCCUGGAGGAAUACAAGCCGUUUGUGGUGGUGACCAGCACCGUCUACGACCAUAUUAUGGCGCCAGUUUUCCAACUGCAGGACAAGAACCUGGUCACCUCCAACCAGUUGUUCAACCACAACUGCAAGAUACGAUACUACUUGAGCGAUCCCCUGAAGCAGGAGUUCAACAAGCUCUUCCACGAGGCCCAGCAGCUCAAGCAGGACACAAUCGACAAUGUCCUGCACACAAACGAGGUGCUGAACAAGAUCUACGACAACAUGAACAUUAUGCUGCGCCUGCUCAACAUGGAACAGUUCAAGUUGCCGGAGCUCACGGUGCCCACGCUGGCGCAGGACGAGGUGAUCAAACGCAUCAUGGAGGUGGACGACUCCGAGGUGAAGGCGAUCAACCGCCGGAAGCCAAAGACAAUCGAUACGGGCGGGAAGAAGGGCCGCCUGCUUCUCUGGAGCCCCGAGUUCUGGGCCAGGGCCCUCAUUGUGAUGAUGGACGGUGUGCUGGAGAAGCUCUGGGAGGAGGAAAUCAAAAAGGACAUUCCCGAGCCGGAGUUCGUGGCUAAGAAGCAGCCGCACGAGUACAACCUGGAGGAGCAGAGGAUCUUUCGGGCCUACGAGGAGGCAGUGCGUCUGCUGGAGCUCGAUCGCCGCAAGUACCUGCGCAUCCUGCACGAAAACGAGGAGAAAACUCUAGCCCUGAAGGCCUCCCAGAUCCAAAAGCUCAACCAGCGGGUGGCCGAGCUUAUGAUCAUGAAACUCAAGUACGACUUUGCCCUGAAGCAGGGCCAGUUGCGCCUGCUCACGCUUGAACUGAUUAACUUUGGACGUGUCCAGCUACGCAAACGCGUCCAGAUGUUCCGCAAGGACAUCAACAAGCUCAAUGAAUAUAUGACGCGCUACGGCUACCUUUUGGACUUCUGGGAAAAGGCUCUGGUGGAUGUAAAGUCACGACUGGAGGCGCAACAGACCCGCGACCGGACUGUGGAGCGUCAGUUUCGCAGCCAGUUCCUGCCCCUGGUGCCACAUGCCACCCACGAAAUGACCAAGCUCUUCAAGAAGCGCCCCAAGCUGCCACCCAAGAUCUUUAACUCGGCGCUUAUUUGCAUGGAGGCCUCCAACAAGCUGAGCGGUAAGCCCAGCACUCGCACCCCCUUCCCACUGCCCGCUGACGUGAUGGACUUCCUCGCCGCCCUGGCGGAGCACGACCUUCCGAAGAACUGCCCACCGCAGGUUGAUGCCAAGACCUGGGACACCUUCAGCAAGAUGAGGCGCCAGAAGAUGGAGAGCGAGCUGAGGCUCAAGGGCAUCCAAUACCAGUUGUUGGACAGCCAGAGCUACCUCAACAUGCUCCAUAAGGACAUGUCGGCGCUCAGGGAUUCGAAGGUCCUUACCCAGCGCAACGCAGAGGAGAGUAUCCAGUCAUACUUGGAAAAAAUGAGAAACAUGUCACUUCAGUUGACCCUUUCCAUGGGCCAAGUGGAGGUCUCCGUAUUGGGCCACGUCACGAACCUUUCAAACGCCGUCCUCAUGCACAUGGAGGAUAUAAACGAAGUCAAUCGACAGAUUCAGGAUGCUGGCAACCAAAAAAUAAGAGCCAUGCAGAGGGUGGCCGUCUUCCGCCGCCAGGUGAUCUUCAAGGAGUGGGAGCACAAGCUCUACAAGGCAAACAUCGCUUACCUCAAGUACAUGCUGGAUGCCAUUGAGAAAUGCAAGGUGUCGAUGGAGUUUCUAAACAUUUUGCGAAACUGGGACAAGGUCAAGACGGACCGGCAAAAGUACAUAGCCGGCGCCAUAGAGAGAGUUAUUGAACAAAAACUGGCUGCCUUCCGGAAGCACAUUGAACGCCUCAAUAUCAAAAUAGAUGCGGUUAAAGCCGAAACUUUGGAGGUAAAGCGCAGCAAUCAUGCCAUCGAUUCGAAAAUUGAGAGAAUCAAAGUGGAUGUCACCUUCCAGCACACCCUGCGCGAUACAAUGAUGGAGGAGAAACGAGAUCGGGAACAGCGGGAGAGAAUGCAACAGAUCAAGACCCAUCGUCAGCUGAUGGAGAAUGUGCGCCGACACUAUGCCCAUGUCCUGGAGUUGCAGACCAUACUGGAGCUCCUGCGUUUGCGAACCUACCCGACGCUGGCCCCGCCCCUCCCCCAAUGUCAUCCGCCCGUACCGGAGCAUAUACUCAGCUCAGUUCCCUAGACAGAGUACAU